GAGACAUAUUUUGCAGGCUCCGGAUAUCAAUGAACGCCUUGGACUUUGUCUUGGCAAAAUGGAGGAUUUCGUGCAGUCUGUACUCGGAAUUAGUCUCUUUUCUUUGAUGAUCAUAGCCACAUUCGCUCUUCUAGGCCUUAUACUGUCGGGAUUGAUCAUGGUUUUCAUCACUGCCAAGGAGGCAGUACCAACUAUAACACGGUUUGAGAGUGAGAAGAGCUUUCAGGAUCCUAACAAGAACAAUGCAAUCUACUCUUUUCCUUACAUGGAAGAAGAGGGAUCUAUAGAUUUGUCUGUUGUUGUUCCUUCCUACAAUGAAGAGGAAAGAUUACCAAUAAUGAUGGAUGAAACAUUGGAAUAUCUACUAGAAAAAAAGAAAUCCAAUCCUUCAUUCACUUCUGAAAUUAUUGUUGUUGAUGAUGGUAGCAAAGACAAGACCACAGAGGUGGGAUUGAGAUAUGCAAAGCAAUGUGGUGUGAGUAGUGUCCGGGUUCUUACUCUAGCUAAGAACAGAGGAAAAGGCGGAGCUGUUAGGAUGGGUGUGUUCAGUAGUAGAGGAAGAAAAAUCCUAAUGGCUGAUGCAGAUGGUGCAACAAAGUUUUCUGACCUUGAUCGACUUGAUACUGCUCUGAAUGAUGUGACUGCGGCUAAGGGGGUCAAGCCUGCCAUUGUUUGUGGCUCAAGAGCUCAUUUACAGGAGGAGGCAGUCGCCACAAGAUCUGCUUUUAGGAAUUUUCUGAUGUAUGGGUUUCAUUUCUUAGUGUGGUUUCUAUGUGUAAAAGGCAUCAAAGACACUCAGUGUGGCUUUAAGUUAUUCACUAGGUCUGCAGCUCUGCUCACCUUCUCUGCACUGCAUGUAGAGAGAUGGGCUUUUGAUGUGGAACUCCUUUACAUCGCACAGCAAUUACAAAUUCCUAUAGCAGAGGUGGCAGUCAACUGGACAGAAAUAGAUGGCUCUAAGAUGAUCCCCGUGUGGAGCUGGUUGCAGAUGGGUAAAGAUCUUCUGCUCAUUCGCCUGCGCUAUGUGAUCCAUGCAUGGAGAAUCCAGACCAUCAAGCUCAAAACACAAUAAUAGAAUUCUAUCUGCACAUGUUUGAUAUAGUUAUGCAUGCAAAAUUAGUGGGAGCCAAAAUGUGUACAAUUGAAGUGUUCUAUGUCAAAUCAAGUUGUUUGAUUCCAGAAAAGGGGUAGAGGGGCCCCUCCCUUAGUGGGGAAGUAUGGAUCUUCUUUUAUAGAAUUCGAACUUCAUAGUGGUCUAUAUGGAAAUCAUAUACAAAAAAUAAUAAUAUUCAAGCUACCCAGGGUACCUGAGGUCAACUCGAACACUUGAAACCAAAAGUCGAGUUGCAAAGACUCUUGUUAUUCUUGUGAGCAAAAGGCUUAGUAUAAUGGGAAGGAGACGCAGCUAUGUGUCUUCUUGGCUGUAUGUGAGUGUGUAAGUUGGACUUUGGACGGUAACAAAAAACGUUGGGUAGCACUAGCCGAACUCUCAAUAUAUUUCAGUUGUUACCAAAAAGAGAUAGAAGCUAGUAGCCUCUAAAACUUUUGGGAAUCUUGAAUGCAAAAACAUAACAAUUUUCGCACUGUCACUAGAGAAAUGCCGAACAUCAAUUCAAAAUGAAAAACUAUCACGUUAUGCCUUUGCUUUAGAAUAUUUUACUAUUAUCCAAAAUGAAACAUAACCAAUUAGGAACUCGAUAUUAUUUUGACUAUGUACUAAAGAAAAGCUGCUACUUUUUCACGGAACGCAUAAAUUGCUAGCAUGUAAGAACUCUUUUUCUAAUGGAAUCGAUCUGUGGAUAAGAGAAAUUAUUGAGUAAUAUAAAUGAAUUAAUAAAUAUUGUUUUUGAGCGCA